AUGGUUGUACCGUCAAGGGCCGAUAACCAUGGUGGGGCUGCAGUGGCCCCAAUUCCACCCGACGACACCGCCACGAAGACGAUUCUGGUGUCAGACGGGAUCGAAGGCAGCACCGGUAACGAAAACAGUCGCGAUGAUCAGCCGCUUUUGAAGUCUUCGAGUGCUGGUGAAGAGACCUCCAGGAGCGAAGUUGCUGGCAGCUCUGCGGGUGGCAACUCGUCUGCAUGGAGCGCGAAGCGGGUGAAAGGACUCGGAUUCAUCGUGUUCGCAGCUUUCAACUUCAGUGUCGCCUCUGUUUGCGUCAAGUAUGCGAGCCAUCGCGUGACGUCACACGAGACGGUCUUCUGGAGGAUGUUUGUGGCCAUGACAAUGAACUUUCUAUGGUCCCGCUACAAGAAACGGAAACUGGAAGUCGAUCCGAAGUAUCGCCAUUUGCUUUUAUUCCGCUGUAUCGUUGGCACAAUAGGCGUGAACCUGCAGUUCUACGCGAUGUCGAAGAUGGUGCUAACCGAUGCAGUGGUCAUCAUCUUCUUGAGUCCGAUCUUCACCUUCUUUUUGGGAGCUGUGGUAUUGAAGGAGACGAUCGAUCGUAUCGACUUCGCGGCAGCCAUUACGGCCUUCCUGGGUGCGCUGUUCGUGACAAGGCCAGCUUUUCUCUUCGGAACAGCGGGAGAUGCUACGAAGCCUCCCGUAUUUGCGGUUCUCUGUGCUCUUGGCGGUGCAAUGACGCAAGCGAUCGUGUACGUAACGCUGAGAAAACUACACGCGGUGGAUCACCUGGCCGCCAUUCACUGCUUCUUCGCGUUCGGUACAAUCACGUCAAUCCUGACAAUCCUGUUUGUUGGAGUGGCCGUCAAAGUUCCGAUGAAUCCGAGGUUCUUGUUCUCGGUAUUUGGUAGUGGCUUCUUCUCGUUCGUUGGACAGAUUUUCCUCACGAAAGGAUUUCAGAUCGAGAAGGCCGGUAUCGCGUCAGUCAUGCGCUACUUUGACGUGGUGUUCGUCGUGGUCAUGGAUAUCGCGAUAUUGGGAGAACGCGUGAACGCUUUGAGCAUUGUCGGUGCAGCAAUCAUCAUGAGCGGAGCGUCGCUUAUAGUGCUGCGUAAGGCGUACAAGAAGUAG